AUGCGAUCAAAUGAUCUACUGCACGUGCGAUGAUGCACCUCAGUCCUUUUCUCGCGCUCCACCCCUGACAGUGGGCGCCUGCUCGCUGUCUUUCUCCUCCAUUCCUCUCUUCCUCUCCCUCCCCAAAUCUCACUUUGCACUACUCCUCUGGCUUUUUGUUUUUUGUCUCUGGAGACUCAGCAGCUACAGAAAACCUGAUUUGAAGGAUUGGCAACGGAGAGGAACUCGACGUAUAACUAACAACCAUGGCUCAAACAGAGCGUACAUUCAUGGCUGCAAUUGGCGACGAGGACUCCAUCACAGGCCUCCUCCUCGCCGGUAUCGGCCACAUCGAUUCGCAUCAAAAGAAGAACUUCUUGGUCGUUGACGCCAAGACACCAUUGGCGGCAGUUGAGGAUGCCUUCCGUGAGUUCACAAAGCGCAAGGAUAUCGCCAUUAUUUUGAUCAACCAGCACAUUGCUGAAGAAAUCCGUCCAUUGAUCGAUGAGCACGACCAGGCUUUCCCUACGAUCCUCGAGAUCCCUUCCAAGGAUCACCCCUAUGAUCCUGAGAAGGACAGCGUGCUGAAGCGUGUCAGGAGAUUGUUUGGCGAGUAGAUCAUGUACCCACCAUAUAUUUUUUUCGAUGCAUUCAGGAUCAGGCGACAAUAAAGAACAAAACUAAAACGUAAUCUAUUCAAUGGUACGG